AUGCGCCACCACCACCACCUCACCACCAUCUCCCUCCUAUCCCUAACCCUAUCAUCAACAGCAACCGCCGCCUCCACCAUCGCCAACAUCCACCCUGUCUUCCACAAUUCCUGCCCUCCCUCCCCACCACCACCACCAGUACUACUAUCCCCCCGCGCCCACCAACACAUCCCCCUCCAACUCCACGAAGGAACAUGUCACCCAAUCCCCAUAACAUCCACGCACGUAUCCUUGGAUACGCAGAUCGAGCAAUUCGUAUCUCCUGCUCCUAAUGGCGAUGACAACAACAAGGAAGAAAAUGGAGGAUUAGGGGGAAUAAUACCCCAACAUUGCAACGUGACCAUGCACGAACAGCCCGGGUGCGUGGAUGAGCCGUUCCUUGCGCAAAGUGUCCAUGCGGGGGAGUUUGGUCGGUGGGUGGGGAGUACCUGUGCUGAACAUCAUCAUUAUCCUCGUCCUCGUCCGAAGUAUCCUAUUGUUAGGGGGAGGUAUCCUCGGAGUGGAGGGGAUGAGGUUGGGAAUGGGAAUGGGAAUGGGAAGGGGAAUGUGUGGGUGUUGUUGGAGUGUGCGGAUGCUUCUGCUUCUGCUUCUCCUUCUGGGGCUGAUGUUCAUGGUGUCAAUCAGGUUGAAGGUGGGGAUGGUGAUGCUAUGCAGCAGCAGCAGCAGCAGGAUAAUGAGGAAGAGGAUAAAGUGGGAAGUGUUACGCAUGGGGGUAUGGUCAGCGCAACGUCUGGAGCGGGUGUGAAUGGGACGACAGGUGCAGGGAAUAACAUCACGUCUGGUUCUUCGUUGCAUGCUGCGAUGAGUAACAGCACGGGAGUCAACAGCACGUCUACUUUAGUGCAUGCUCCGCUGAACCAGACGGGUUCGUGGAGGUUGAUGCCUCGGAGGAAGAGGGGGAGGUUCUCGAUUUACUGA